AUGCAACUCGCUCGGGCGGCAGGAUACCAAGUGGUAGCCACCUCAUCGACCAAAAACUUUGAAUACCUGAAAUCCCUCGGUGCGUCCUUGGUUUUCAAUUACAAAGCAGCCAAGACCGUCCCGGCUAUUAUUGCUGCCCUGGAGAACAAGACCUGUGCUGGGGCCUAUGCCAUCGGUACCGGGUCUCUGGAGGCAUGCAUCGACAUAGUUGCGGCGGUACCCGGCCGCAAAUUUGUCACCCAAGCCAGCACUCCACUCGACAUGAGCGACCUGCCCACGGGCCCGGUUGGUUUCAUCUGGGCUGUGUUGAAAAUGAUGUGGUGGAACAUUUCGGUCGGUGUCAAGGCCAAGUGCAAAGGCGUCCAGACCAAGUUUAUCUGGGGUAGCGAUCUCAAGGCCAACGAAGUAGGCUCGGCAAUUUACAACGACUUUCUACCGGAAGCAUUGGCUACUGGACAGUUUCUGGCAAAGCCCGACCCCACCGUCGUGGGAAGUGGGCUUGAAAACAUUCAAAACGGGAUCGAUCUAUGCAAAGGGGGCGUCUCUGCCACCAAAGUUGUAGUUUCUUUAUAG